AUGGCGUCUGUGGCGCACUUUUUCGAGGCUUUCAAGGAUGUCAUUCCGCUAAAGGAGAUCUCGGAGGAUACUUACGAAGAUUUGACCCCGAGCCUGCUCGAAGGCGCCGUAGUGGAGCCUGAAGUUGAUGCGCGCGCUUGCUUGGCCUUGCGCGAUCUUAUCAUGACUUUGCUCCUGACUAUCGGCGCCGCCACGAAGAAGAGCUUGGCGACGACUUGGUUUCAAAGCCUGCGAAUCUUGGUCGGAAGUAAUCGCGCCGCUUUCCUGGAUUGCUACGACCACCAUGAGAAUGUUUUGGGGAGGUUUGAGAACGGCCUGGAUUUCGUCACGAACGUGGAUUGGAACGUGAGGUUGGGCAUCAUGCUGAGUCUCUGCGAUGUGGCGGCGGAGACAUCUCAAAGCAUCAGGGACGCAAUCAGGGAGGCCGAAUUAGAGUGCACCCAUCAGAAGAACGCGAUCGAAGCGAAAGGGUAUCGUCUCCUUCCGAUGGGGCGGUGUAGCAAGAGGAGGGUUCACUACAAGGUCGGGAAAACGCGCAUCUACUCUGGGUACAAGAGAAAAGGAACUGGCGCGUUGUUGCCGGAGUGCUCUGAUUCGGAAUCGAUGAAGCAACUGGCAGCUGCCCUGGAAAGUACGCAGACGAUUCGGGAUCAGACCCUGGCCUCAAGGAUAAGAGACAUUCACCUAGCGCCGCUGAUAGAAUUGGAGGAAAAGAACAAGAAGAAACUAGAAAAGACAAGAUUAGCAGAGAUUCGAAAGGAAGAAUCUCGCCGACGAAACUCGGCGCGACCGAGAAGAUCGAAGGCAUCUUACUUCUGAACAUAUCGCGGAAAGCACAGGAAAUGAUUAAAACGUAGAGGCAGUUAGCCCCCAAUAGCUCCUCUGACAUCCCUACGCUAUCGCGGAUGAAGCUAGCCUAUGGGCUACAAAGGUACUGAAACAUACCAUUGAAAUGCCCUGUGCAGGAUAGAGAGCAUCAUCUAAAGAACUGUACACCGAU